CGGCUGACCCUCUUAUUCUUCUUCUUGGCAGGAUGCGGGAGUACGUGGAAGAGAACGAGAGGAAUGACCCACUGAUACACGCGCCCGACAAGAAGAACAAUCCCUGGGCCGAGAAAGGCAAGUGCAUAAUCAUGUAAUCGGGGCCAGAGCGGAGGAAGAGAGCAACAGAAGAAGAAGGAAGCGGGCGUACAAACCGAGGAGGAGAGGAGUCGGUCGUUCAUCCGCGGCAAAAGAAAUCUCAGAGAUCACGAAGAGGGAAGAGGAGCGGAGGAGCAGGAGGGGAAGUACGCAAGAGGAAGAGGAAGAGGUGCCGGUAGACGUCCGCUGUGAUUCGAUCGCGAUUCGCAGAUUUAUCCGAUCGUCGAAGCGAUCGUCCACCGGCCCCGCCGAAAUAAAGACGUGGCUGCAGUCAAUCAAUUCCGCAGUCUUCAAUCUGUUCGAUUGAGGAUCGAACCGGAGCAAAUUAGUCGCCGGACCGUUCCGUUUCCUCCAGGACUGUUCUACGAUCGCGCGACGUGCGGCUUCGCCAGUUUCUGAUCCGUGUCGUCCCAAGAGAUGUUAUCCUUCGUUAAUUGUGCCACUCGAGACAUAAUCGUUAUUCGUAAAGAUACUCCGAGAUAACUCAAAGCCUGCGCAUUGAUAACUCAUUUGACACAGACAAGAAAAGAUGUACAACAAGAGUAAAAGAUAAGGAGAAGAAAAAAUUAAAAACGAUAACUCGUAAUUGAUCUUACGAAGCAAUCGCGCGGUAUUAACGAUUUGCGCGAAAUUCAAACGAUUUGCAUUCGCAAAGAGGAGGAGCAGAGAUGAGAAGAAAGAGGAGGAAAAUUGAAAAAUUUGUCAGAUCAACUACUUCCGCCUGGAUCGAUCGACGUCGAAUUAAGUGCCGCAUGCCGCGCGACGUCGCCCUGCACAUUUCACUCGCCGAUGCACUGCGUUGUGAAACUUUAUCCAUUCACCGAUCAACCAACAUGAAUGCAAUUUAUUCUUAAUGUUACAUGUCUACAUAAAUAUAUAUAUAUAUUCGUAUUGUACGAACGUACAGUUAUUAUUGUAAUAAUAAUUAUAAUUACUCUUGUAUGUAAUUCUGCGCGAAUUUCUUACGAAAAUAUAUAACAUGACCAGCGAUUGAAA